CCAACCUCCAACUGCCCCACACUUUUAGCACUUUUAUCGCGCUUGUUGCGCAAAUUUCCAAAUGUACUUGAGUCCUUCGUCGAUCUUGAAGCGUUGAGGAAUGCAGAACUUGAAUUUCGCAAAAGUAAGUUUAUUUUAUUUUUUUGCCCAACUAACGCUGGUUGCUGUCGACAGCAGAUAACGUCAGCGAUGCGAGCGACGGCCAGAAAUAUUUCUUCUUUUCCGUCUGAGCCCGAGGAUGCGGGUGUUUCCAGCAAAUUACAAAGACCAAGUGGUUGUUCCCUGAGGACCACUGAAGACAGUGUUUCCCCAGAAGAUGAGGUGAAGCAGCGAGAUCUGGAUAAUUACCUCCAAAAUCUUAGAGAAGAUGCAGAUAGUGACAAGGACAGGUCCCAUUUGGAAAUAAUGGAGAGACUGGUUGCAUUCUCUAAGAGGCAGUUAUCUAGAAUCUCCCCAAAUCUUCCAUCAGAGUCCAAAUCAACAGCCAAACACAACAGUCACCAGGAGGUGAGACCCAGUGUCGACGUGCACAGCGGAGCGACAAUAGACGGCAGCAAAGGGACUGACAAGUUCAAGCUGCAAAGGAAAACACGGGCGGUGACUAGAAAUGAGCAUAAAUCCCCCAGCGUAUGUGCAGAUCCUCAAGUCAAAGCAUCAACUGCUCCCCAACACCCAGUCAAAGAACUAAUCAUUAACCAGAACGAUGCAUGUGUUAGUGGCCGACACAAGCCGCUUACACAAACACCACAACGCAAAGAAUAUGCGCAUCACAAACAUCACCCAACCAGUUCUGUCUAUCGGAAGCAGCCAGCUGUGGAGAGGACAGAUGUUCUCUACGAUAAUGAGUCAUCUCAUCUGGAGUCCUUCAAUGUGCUACCAGAAGACAUAAUAAGUGAGGACUGCAUUGUGCUGAUUGUCCAGCUCUCCAGUCCCGGUGUGAUCAGAGGCCGAGCUCAUGAAAAGGGAAACCGCCGGCGUCCAGCAGCGACCGAAUCACACAUCUACAACACUUUGGUCUCUUGGUUUCUCUCGUUGGCUGGCCCAGACCCGCAUCCCAACCAGGACAGGGUCCCAUUCAGGGUGGCGGGUCUUCAGCAGGCGUGGACAGAGGAAGGACUGGCUUUACGUGCUUUAGCUGUGGCUCAUCACAGUUGUUCCCUGGGGAGAAAGGAUUUUGUCGCCUACGUCUGCAGGUUCCUCUCUGAAACCUCACUCAGUGAAACUGCCCACUGGCUGCCGAAGCUCCAGGAUUUAUUGGACCAACAGGGCUCUGCCUCAUCCAUCGACCUGCCUUCUUCUAGCUUAAACGCCUUUAUCUCUGCCACCGCCAGCAAAAAGUCAGUGGACGAGGCGAUUGGUCUCAGUCCAGGGUUUUACUGGCAGAUUGUGGAAACUCAGGGGGAUGUUUGCAGGAGGAGAGAGACCACACAGGAGCUGCACACAGAGGUAUCAUUGGCUCUGGGGGGCAGCGACGUCUUCCGGGAUCCGCUCAUAACACACUACACCCUUCAGCUGGUCCUGGACUCAGGACUAGACGUGUGUGGCCUCCGUCUGCUUUACCCCCCGCAGAGGUUCCUGGGUCACAGCGCCGGUGUUCAGCGCAGCUCUGACUGCCAGCCCGUCUUGGCCCUGGCUGUUCGGGGCCCUCGUGCGUUCUCGGUGCUGAAGGGUUUUACAGACUCCUCGUGUCCUCUAUUGUCCCAGAAGACAUAUUCGAGUUCUGCCGGGCCGCUGCAAAGCCAAAGUCAGGAACCUUGUCUCUUCCACUCACCCGGUCUGGAGAGUCAGGUCCACAAGGAGCUAUGCUUGUGGUUUGCAGGAAGACUUCCCAGAGGAACUGUAGAGAAUCACAACCAGCAUCUGAACAGGACUAUUCCUUCGGGUGAUGGUGUUGGAGGCAGCCUGUUCAGUUCAAGCACAUCGCCUGCGUUUCUGUGCGCCACAUCUACAGCCGACGUGCUGCUCGUGGUCGCGCCCGCCGUGCCGGCGCGCUGUUACGGCCCGGUGUUGGCCGUGUGCGAACGUAGAGGCUUCGGUCUGGAAGGGCUGCGACGCCGGACGCUGAAGAGAAACACUGGCAAAGUGCUAGGAUUAACCAGGGAGCAGGUGAGAGUGUUCUGCAGUUUACACACAGAGUCCUUGGAUCAGAAGGGGCUCAAACCACCUCCUCAGUGCUUAGUGGUUUUACUGAAGAAAGAGAAUGCCGUGCAUCACAGUCUCAGUCUGCCAACAGCUCUAAUGAGAGAAUUAAGGGCUCGUAAGCUUCUCAGCUGCAUCCGCCUCAGAGACGAUGGCGUUCAGACAGCGGAGCCCAGCCUCUGUUUCCACACUGUGCCUUACAGCAGUAACCUGUCCCACACCUUCAUUAGGUCUAUGUGGACAGUGCCUGAUCCUACCAGAGUGAUCCUGUCCCAUCGCAGGCCUCACACUGACUGUGACGUGGAGCAGGUGGUGAUUUUGACCCUGCGUGGGAAGGACAUGGGUCACGGUUUGGGCCUCCUACAUCGAAUGUUAGCAGAAAGCCCAGAAGGUGGCACAGAGCUGCUCGGCCUGAAGUGGCUGCCUGGCUUGACUCAGCUGCAGGCUCAGGAGCUGAGUCCCUACGAGGUGGGGGAGCAGCUUUUCCACAGUAGCGUGGAGACGCUCAUGUCCUCCCCUUCCCUGUUAUGUGCUCUUAAACGAAGGAACGCUUUUGCUUCGCUGAAGACGCUCCUACCAUAUGAUUACCCUGGAAACCUGUCUGUCCUGAUGUCACCCACACCUGAAGUGGCCUUCAGACAAGCAGCGCUCUUCUUUGAACACUGGAUGACUGGAUGAUCUUUUUUCACUCGUUCACUGCUGUUAAAUAAGAUUUUUUUCAUUAUUUACAUUUACAUUAAACUGAGAAUUAAUAAUC